AUGGCUUCCCUCCACCCGGCGCCCAAUAUGGUGCCUGGCAAUGUGACCUUGCCGCCAAACUUGACACAGCAAAAUGUCCAAGAGGUAGUGCAGAAAUACAAGCAGAUGCAAGAGCAAGGCGUCCGCGCCGAUGACCCGGAGUUCCAAAAAGCUCAUCAACUCCUGUCGAUGAUCCAACGCCAGCAGGCUUUCUCCAAGCAGCAGCGCAUGGCUCAACAACAGCAACAGCAAGGGCAACAACAUCGCCCUCCACAGCAGACCAACGGUAACAUUAAUGCUGAUGCUAUCGCUGCCAAUGGUGCGCAUGGUGAGCCUUCCCUCAAUGACUUGACGACAGCUGCCGGCUGUCCUCCCACCAAUCAACCCAGUCCAACCAAAUCCUCGGAACUAACCUGUUUUCCAACAGCCCGAACGGCCUCGGCCUCCUCAGCGAACACCCCUAAUGCCCCCGCAGGAUCGGUACAGGCCAACAAGAAUGCGCCUGGAUCAGGAGGUUACUUCUCACCAGAGCAAUUGGCCACCUUGCGAAAUCAGAUUUUGGCUUUCAAGAUGUUGUCCAAAAACCUUGCCAUCCCACCACGCGUCCAGGAGCAACUGUUCCACAAGAAGGUUCAAACGCCUACUCCCACAGAAACCGUUGCCAGCGCCGAAAGAGUGAUCGAAGCUACGAAUGAUGGCCCGGGUAGCCAGGCACCGGAAAAUGUCGACUCUCCAGUGAUGACUCGGGAAUGGUACGAGAACUUCACCUCGCCGUACGACUCGCUGUCCAGCAACAUCAGCUACACAGAUCACGCCAAACGCGCCAAUCGGGUGCGCAUUCCAGCCCUUCUGCCUCCUGGUAUCGACUGGGAGCAGAUUCGGGAGGAUCGUGAGGUCUCAGUGUACAACAAAAUCGCCGCCCGCAAAGCAGAGCUUGCUCAGCUACCUGCCAACCUCGGCUCGUGGGACACCAGCAAGAGCGACACACCCACAUACGAUGAUUCGCUGAAGCUGAAGGCCUUGAUUGAGUGGAAGUCUUUGCAUCUCCUUCAGAAACAGCGACAGUACCGCAAGCAACACCAGAAUGAGAUGUUCCACUAUAGCAACCUCGGAAUGACCGCCAACCGAUCCAGCCAUCGUCGCAUGAAGAAGCAGUCUCUGCGCGAGGCCCGCAUCACCGAGAAGCUCGAGAAGCAACAGCGUGAUGCCCGCGAAUCGCGCGAGAAGAAGAAGCAAUUCGAUCAGAUCCAGGCUAUCCUCAACCACAGCGUGGAUCUCGCUAACGCCUCUGGACAACAACGCGCCCGCUCUCAGAAGCUCGGUCGCAUGAUGAUCUCUCACCACCAGCACAUGGAGCGCGAAGAGCAGAAGCGCGUGGAACGAACUGCUAAGCAGCGUCUCCAGGCUUUGAAGGCCAACGAUGAGGAGACUUAUCUCAAGCUUCUCGGACAAGCCAAGGAUUCUCGUAUCUCUCACUUGCUCAAGCAGACUGAUAACUUCUUGAAGCAACUUGCUGCCUCUGUCAAGGAGCAGCAACGUAGCUUGGCCAACCGUUACGGUGACGAGGCCGUUCCUGAUGACGAGUCAGAUCAAGAGCUUGCCGAUAGCGAGAACGAAGAUGACGACACCGCUGCCAAUGGAAAGAAGAAGGUCGACUACUAUGCUGUUGCUCAUCGUAUCCAAGAGGAGGUCACCACACAACCCACUAUGCUCAAGGGCGGUACUCUCAAGGAGUACCAGAUCAAGGGUUUGCAAUGGAUGAUUUCCCUGUACAACAACAACCUGAACGGUAUCUUGGCCGACGAGAUGGGUCUCGGAAAGACAAUUCAGACUAUCAGUUUGAUUACCCACAUCAUCGAGAAGAAGAAGAACAAUGGACCCUUCUUGGUCAUUGUUCCACUCUCCACGCUCACUAACUGGAACAACGAAUUCGAGAAGUGGGCGCCUGAUGUGGCCAAGGUUGUGUACAAGGGUCCUCCCAACGCCCGAAAGCAGCAACAACAGCAAAUUCGCUGGGGUCAAUUCCAGGUCCUCCUCACCACCUAUGAGUACAUCAUCAAGGAUCGUCCCAUUCUGAGCAAGAUCAAGUGGACCCACAUGAUUGUUGACGAAGGUCACCGCAUGAAGAACGCUCAAUCCAAGCUUAGCAGCACCCUCUCAACAUACUACACCACUCGCUAUCGAAUCAUUCUGACUGGCACUCCCUUGCAAAACAACCUCCCUGAGCUUUGGGCUCUUCUCAACUUCGUUCUUCCCAACAUCUUCAAAUCCGUGAAGUCGUUCGAUGAAUGGUUUAAUACGCCAUUCGCCAACACCGGUGGUCAGGAUCGCAUGGACUUGAGCGAAGAAGAGCAGCUGCUUGUCAUUCGUCGUCUCCACAAGGUUCUUCGUCCCUUCCUGCUCCGUCGUCUGAAGAAGGAUGUCGAGAAGGAUCUUCCCGACAAGCAGGAGCGUGUCAUCAAGUGUCGAUUCUCUGCCUUGCAAGCCAAGCUGUACAAGCAACUUGUCACCCACAACAAGAUGGCUGUCAGCGACGGCAAGGGUGGAAAGACUGGUAUGCGUGGUCUCAGCAACAUGCUUAUGCAGCUGCGAAAGCUGUGCAACCAUCCUUUCGUCUUCGAGCCUGUUGAAGACCAGAUGAACCCCACUCGCAUGUCUAACGACCUUCUGUGGCGAACAGCUGGAAAGUUCGAGCUUCUCGAUCGAAUCCUCCCCAAGUUCCGCGCUACCGGCCACAGAGUCUUGAUGUUCUUCCAGAUGACCCAGAUCAUGAACAUCAUGGAGGAUUUCCUCCGUCUGCGAGGGUUGAAGUAUCUGCGUCUCGAUGGUUCUACCAAGUCUGAUGACCGAUCGGACCUGUUGAGACAGUUCAACGAACCUGGCUCUGAGUACUUCUGUUUCUUGCUCUCCACCCGUGCUGGUGGUCUCGGUCUGAACUUGCAGACUGCAGAUACUGUCAUCAUCUACGACUCUGACUGGAACCCUCACCAAGAUUUGCAAGCGCAGGAUCGUGCCCAUCGUAUCGGACAGAAGAACGAGGUCCGUAUUCUUCGUUUGAUCAGUUCCAACUCAGUUGAGGAGAAGAUUCUCGAGCGUGCCCAAUUCAAGUUGGACAUGGAUGGCAAGGUUAUUCAAGCCGGAAAGUUCGACAACAAGUCCACAAACGAGGAACGAGAUGCACUUCUGAGAACUCUCCUGGAUACCGCGGAGGCAGCAGAGAACAUCGGCGAUGACGACGAAAUGGACGACGACGAAAUGAACGAAAUUAUGGCCCGUUCCGAAGAGGAAAUUCCUAUCUUCCAGGAGGUCGACAGGCAGCGACUGGCUACAGAUCAAUAUGGUCCUGGUCACCGCUACCCUCGACUCAUGUGCGAGCAGGAGCUUCCUGAUAUCUACAUGCAAGAGGACAACCCUGUCACCGAAGAAAUCGAGGUCGAGGUUACUGGCCGCGGUGCUCGUGAGCGCAAGAUCACCAAAUACGAUGACGGUCUUACCGAAGAGCAAUGGUUGAUGGCAGUCGAUGCUGAUGAUGACACCAUCGAAGAGGCCAUUGCACGCAAGGAAGCUCGUGUCGAACGCCGCAAGUCCAACAAGAACGGUCGGGAUGGCGAUGAGUCUUCUCCAGAGCCAGAGCCUUCCAUCAUCGAUGAUGACGAAACUCCACAAAAGCAAAAGCGCCGUCGUGGUCCUCCUCCCAAGCGCAAGGCGGAAGAAGUUAUGGAAGAGACUCCGCAGCCCAAGCGCAAGAGAGGUCGUCAGCCUAAGGUGCCCGAUACCCUCAACCCAACCGACCGUGCCAACUUGAAUCGCAUUCUCGAAACCACCAUUCAAUCGUUGAUUGACAUGGAAGUCGAAGUUCCUCCCGAGGGAUCUGAUAGCGAGGAGGGUCCCAUGGUCCGCGCCAUCAUCGACCCCUUCAUGAAGCCUCCGCCACGCUCCUACUACCCCGAUUACUACAUGAUCAUCCAGAACCCCAUCGCCAUAGACAACAUUCAAAAGAAGAUCAAGCGUUCCGAUUAUCAGAAUGUGAAGUCGUUCCGUGACGACAUCCACCUGCUUUGCCAGAAUGCCCGCACUUAUAACGAAGAUGGCAGUGUCCUUUUCCAGGAUGCCAAUGAUAUCGAAAACAAGUGCCUGUCAGAGCUUCGCAGACUGACCGAGCCCCACCCCGAACUCGGUGGCUUUGAAGAGCAGUCCACAGCCGGCGAUGCCUCAACUGAGUUCGCCUCAGGUGCCGACACCCCCUUGACCGGUCAACCCAAGCUGAAGCUCACCUUCAACAACCCCAACCGGGACAGCCCGAGCACCGGCAGCGGAGCCGAUUUCGGUUUCGACUAA